AUCGGGCAUUUACACGAAUUGCAUUAUGCCCUUUAAAGCAUGCCGUAAACUUGACUGCGGAAAUGCUGCCGACUCACAGCUCUCGUAAUGUGAUAGGUCGCAUUUUAAAAAGUUUGUAAACAAAGUGUGACGUCGGCACUCGCACGCCGCACCGCCUGCACUGUACGCCGAUAACUGUGGAAAGAAUUCGGACCAUAAAUUAAUGAGCGAAGGCGAGCCGAGUGGCGGCGAGCGCGGCCGAGCGCGGUCAUACGACGCCACUUCUAGAUCCCCCGUCCCGCGUCGCGAGCGGAAUUCGCACGAGCGCCGCGCCUCCGCGCCCGGCUCCGCCGAGCGCCGUCAGCCGUCAGACGGUUCAGUGUACGUGCGACCGCUCGCGGCCGAGGACGACCGCCGCGCCACGCGCUAUACACCGCUUAUUACGCAGUAGCGACCAUCGCCGACCGCGUGGACACUUCCAAACAACUUUUGAUGCGAGUUUAUGAAAACCCAAAACUGUGCAAAGUGCUAAUCGAACCCUCAGUGAACUCUUGACAGUGCGAAAAAGUUAUAAAGUGCUCGAACUCGGAAGGACGCCUGAAUUUGCGCAGUGGCCAAAUAUCGGGACCGGUGACGAUCGUAGGCGACACGAAACGCGGUGUUACGGGCCACGUUACAAGGUUAUCGCGCCUCUAGCCCGCCAGUGAUGAAUUGGAAAAUCGGCGUAUAGCUCACGUGGUUCGCGCCCCGCCCCCGCCGCGCUCCGCGCUUAUAUUUAGCGAAAAUCACCUCUCGGGUACGGCCCGACGGCCGACGCUCUGCGUACGGCGCUGUUUAUGAACGUUACCGAGAUACCACAUGUUAUUGGCUUCGAAUAACAGAGGCGAUAACGAGAAGACAGAUAACCUCCCGGUGAAGCUCGGGUCCGACGACGUUCUGGAAAUAGAAAAAAAUCAGAAACGAGAGCGCAUUGUGAUGCUAACGGCCAAAGUGGGCACGCACCGCUGAGCGUGCGGAUCGUCACAGCUACCGAAAAAUUCCAUUGAGCCGCUGUGUAAAGAGGCAGAUAUGUCUCUGCAGGCGGGCGGGAGCUACACCAACCUGUGGUCGUCGCAGACGGCGCUGCAGGAGCUAGAGGGGGGCAUGGCGGAGUUGGAGCCGCUGGGGGAGCUGGCCGAGGUGGGCUUCGAGCCGCAGCCGCGCGCGCGCUCCAACACGUGGCCGCUCCCGCGUCCCGACAACUUCGUCGAUCCCGAGGACGCCGGCUCCAAGAAAAACUCCAACACUAACCUUUCCGGUGCCCCUCCCCUUCCCACAGCAGUGGGAAAGAAGAACUCGUCCCGACGCAAUGCCUGGGGCAACCUCUCUUACGCUGAUCUCAUCACCCAGGCCAUCACCUCGGCGCAGGACAACCGACUCACGUUGUCGCAGAUCUACGAGUGGAUGGUCCAGAACGUGCCAUAUUUUAAGGAUAAGGGCGAUAGCAAUUCCUCAGCUGGAUGGAAGAAUUCGAUCCGGCAUAACCUGUCGCUGCACAACCGGUUCAUGCGGGUGCAGAACGAGGGCACGGGCAAAUCGUCCUGGUGGAUGAUCAACCCAGAUGCCAAGCCGGGCAAGUCUGUCCGGAGACGGGCGGCGUCCAUGGAGACGUCGAAGUUUGAGAAGAGAAGAGGGAGGGUGAAGAAGAAGGCGGAGGCAUUAAGAAAUGGCGCCACAGCUGACGCCACUCCCAGCCCCAGCAGUUCCAUCUCUGAAAGUCUCGACAUAUUCCCAGAAUCACCAAUGCACAGCAGCAAUUUCCAGCUGUCGCCAGCGAACGCAGACACGUUCCGGCAGCGCGCGUCGUCCAACGCGUCGUCCGUCGGACGCCUGUCGCCGAUCCCGUCGCUCAUCGCUCAGGAGCCGGACUGGGUGGACUACGCGGCGAAUACCGACUACGGGACGGACUAUACGAACACGGAUUUCCAAGAAUAUGCUCCGGCGGCCGAGCUGGCGGGGUCGCUGGCUGACUCGAUGAAGUUGCAGGGAGCCGAUCCAUUCCUAAACACGUACGUGCCAACAACGUCAUCAUCAUCGACCGGCUACCGCUACUCGUACUCGUGCCCGCAGCACCUGCACGGCGGCUGCGCGUGCGCGUCGAUGUUCAGCCAUCCCGCGCACCCGGCGCAUCCCACGCAUCCGCAUGCGCUCGACCACUUCGUCAGGCCGCCGCCGCCCGCUGAUCCUGCUGAUAUUAUGCAUACAGAAAACAGCCAAACGCAGAUGGUAACGACGUCGGACGCGGCGUUGAUGAACGGUGGUAUGAUGGUGCAGACGGCCAUGCCCACCACCGUUAUGGGGCAGAUCAUGGGCGCGCUUAACACGGGGCUCGUUGAGGACCUCAACCUCAACAUUGAGUCACUGGAGCACAGCUUUGACUGUGAUGUUAAUGAGGUGAUAAAGCACGAGCUCAGCAUGGACGGCUCGUUGGACUUCAACUUCCCGCAGCAGCAGCAGGCCAUGGCCGCCGAGGCCGACAGCCAGUUCGCGGCGCCCGCGCCGCCCGUGCCCACCACGCUGUCCGGCGGCGGCGCGCCCCGCACGCCCUACUCCGCGACCCCCUCCUGGGUCCACUGAAAACCUCAAAAACGACUACACGGACAGUUACCUACUUAUUGACUACCAGAGGUUGUUAUCUGAGUUAAUUUCCUAUUAAGUUCGAUUUUUGUUACUUCGGCAUUAAAGUCAAGAUUUUUUGUUCUAUUGUCAUGUUAACUAAUGUUAGAAUUUUAUUGUUUAGUGUAAUAAGUGGACCGUUACCGCUCGUUGUUGAAGUGUCAAUUGUAUUAGUGGUAGUAGGCUUUAGUGUUAAGCUAGGUGGAAGCUUGUGAUAUAGAUAGGGUAUUGUAAUCCGGGUAGUCGCUUGGACCAGGAGGGGACGCAGGUUCGAUCCUGUAUCGUCGACACCGACACCAAACAGAGGUAACUAACUAUUUCUUUGUUUAACUCACCAGAAAAGGUCUACCCUAAGUAUUAACAUUUAUCCAAAUAGGGAGCAAUCUCCCUAACCCCUUCCCCCAAAAACCUUUCCUUUCCUUCUUCUUUCCUUUCCUUCUUU